AUGCCUGAGAUCACCUCUCUGGUCGCGACCGCAGGAACAACCACCUCCCUGUUCGUUUCUGGAGCCAUCUUUGCAUUCUCCGCUGGCGGCGUCAACACCUCGAAAUUAGCCACAAAGACCUCUCCGGUGUUAGCCGCGCAGCAAUGGCUAAACGUCUUCAACAGAUGCCAUAAAAUCGGCACGCCUAUGGUAAUCUUCUCGGCAGGGUGUUUUGCAUGGUUGAAGUACCAGACAAACAAUAACAUUUAUCUUGCCGCUUCCGCUUCCUGUAUGUGCAUUGUGCCGUACACCAUUCUCUUCCUCAGCGGACCUGAGAAGAUACUUUUCCCGGCUGCAAAUAUGAAGCAGAAAACACUCUCUACUCCUGAACCUCGUGAGAUUGAACGGGCUCUUAGUCAAUGGGAGGUUGCCAAUAUCGUUCGCAUUUUGUUUCCUCUUGUCGGUGGUGUAAUGGUCCUAGUAUCUAAGAUGUAG